AACCUUUGACGUUGUACUGUACAAUUAAAAAAUAACGUAUUAAAAAAGUUUCUAAAAAUUACAUACCGUGUUCUAUGGUGUACUGGGUAUUCAGGAUUCGCAUGCUCCAGAGUGUUCUUUUUACCAAAUAUCGCUUGAAAAACCAAUUGUGGACCAAAUUUGCUAUAUAUGGUAAAUCUAACUAUUCUAAAUUCUUCUUUUAGUCACUCUUUUCUUCAGAACUGUCUUCCUCCGGUUGCCUCUGGCUUACAGUCUUUAAAAUGUCGGUUCUAUCACAAAACGCCAGCAACUAGGUACAUCGAUGCUUCUGCCCAAGUGGUAUCCCGUAGCCCUGCUGCUGUCAGCAAAACCGGAGCUAUAAAAUAUGAUUCUCCUGCGGCUCCUUUGCUAUCCCAGGACGUGCUGAUCGUGGAGCGACAAUUAGAGAUGAUGAAUGUGUUUCUUGGCUAUGAACAAGCCAAUCGUUAUGUUAUCCUAAAUCAUGAAGGUCAUCAUCUUGGAUAUAUAGCUGAGAAGGGUCAUGCUUCGUUUCUCUCCAGUAUGUCUCGACAGCUAUUUCAUACACAUCGUUCAUUCGUUGCAGACGUCAUGGAUGUACAUGGCAAUCCUAUUUUACAGUUGCAAAGACCUUUUUCAUGGAUCAAUUCCCGUCUCAAUGUUAGUGCUUUUGAUUAUUCAUCAAGCCAACCGUCAUUAGUUGGUGAAGUUAUCCAGAAAUGGCAUCCUUGGCGUCGUAAAUACCAGCUGUUCUUAAGUCAAUCCGAUAUGUUAGAUCAGUUUGCUGCGGUUGAUGAGCGGAUUUUAAGUUGGGAUUUCUUGCUACGUAACGCUGACAACCAAAUCCUUGGAAGUGUCAACCGUAACUUUAUGGGCUUGCCAAGAGAGUUCUUUACCGAUACGGGUAAUUAUGUUUUGCGAUUUACUUCUGAAGAUGCAAACUCGGGAAAUGCCGAUACCAAUCAACUCUUGCAAGCUGCCGAAGGUGAUAGUAGUCAAAUUUGCCCACGCGAAAUGAGUUUAGAAGAGAGAGCCGUUAUGCUUGGAUCCGCUGUAACUAUUGACUUUGAUUAUUUCAGUCGUAGCAAUAGUCCUGCAGCAGGUUUUACUUUCCCAAUUAUGUUCGGUUCCUCUUCUCCAGAAAGUGAUUACCAAUCUGAAGACAUAUCCGCUCAAGAGAUACUUAAAGAUGAACAAAAUCCAAGUCAUACGUCGACUGAGAACUCAAUGCCAGAACAAAGAUCUCCCUUUCUUUCCGAUGCUGACCUAGAUCGCUCUAACGAUUUUUGGGAUGUUUUUGACCAAGACUCAGAUGAUAGGUGGUAAAUUUAGCUUAAUGCUAAGUUUUCAUGAAAAUCACUUACUUCUGAUCGUUAUGAUAUCUAUAUGUGUUUAUGCCUAAAAGAUUACGAGUUUAUAUGUGGAUUACUUUACUUUAGUUGAUAUUUCCCUUUUUGAUAGGACGGUGCUGAGUUAGUUAUAAUUAUAUUAAAAAUUAAUUGCAUUCAUUCAUCGAGACCUCUAUGGAGUUUUCGGCAUAUUCUUUAAUAAUUGAA